GUUACGUGACACUGGAGCGCCAACCGAAGACAUCAGAGCCAGGAUGGGGGAUCAGCGUGGGAAAGGAGGGAAGAAAUCUGCCAGAAAAAGUGCAAAAACACAGCCAGAAAAUGUUACUGAAUAAGAUUUGCACCCCAACCAGUAUUCUGCAAUGGAUCUUGGGUAUCGAGGAGAGACACGGUCCACGCGCUUUGUCUGGAGGUUUACGCGACAUACCUCUAAACCACCCUCCAAAGAUAAAGUCAAGAUCUUGUUCCAAGCUGUCAUACUGGAUCAUUACAUAUUGCGUGAAUCGCUCAGAUGGGGAUGAGGUCAUACACUCUUCCAUGGUUACAGCGCAGCGCCUGACAUACGUGUAUACCUAAAGGUGCAUAGAGUCAUACUAAACAAUUCUGUGAGUUCAGCAAUGCUGUAGGGGAUCCAUGGUCCUCACCCUCCUUAUCUCGGCCUAUAAACUCUGCAGAUACAUCAACAUGUUUAACAGUGAGCACCUUGUUGUACCGGGAUAUGUAAACAACAUUUGCUGGUGGCAGACAUCUGGGGGCACAACCAAGGCUAAGCAGGUGUCUCCGGGAGUUAGCACUGAUGUCCAGAUGGCUUUGGAUAGAGUCCUGCCUGAUCUCCAUGUUGCCAUCUCCAAGCUGAAGCAAGCCAUGUGUGAGGAGAGUAUAUGUGACACCAUCUCCGAGAUCUUUCAGAUGGUGGAAGAGGCCUGGGUGAUGCCCGCAGUGGGCAGAGAGGUUGCCCAGGGUUUGUGUGAAACCAUCAGACUUGAAGGUGCAUUAGAUCUGCUCCUCAGCUUUCUUCAGUCAACGGAGAAGGAGGUGAAAUACAAAGCAUGUGACCUUCUGGAACAGAUCCUGGUGUCGGAGAACAGAGAUCGCAUUGCUCGUGUGGGAUUGGGUGUUAUCUUAAACAUUUCAAAAGAAAGAGAUGACCCCAGACUUGCCCGACAUCUGUCUGGAAUCCUUGAGCACAUGUUUAAACACUCAGAAGAAACCUGCAGACAGCUGAUAUGUGAUGGAGGUCUGGAUUCAAUCUUGUUUUGGUGUCGCUGGACGGAUCCAGUAGUACUGAGACACUGUGCCAUGGCUCUGGCCAACUGUGCUAUGUAUGGCGGACCUUCUAAUCAGAGGCUGAUGACAGAGAGAAAGACGGCCGAGUGGUUGUUCCCUUUAGUUUUCUCAAAAGAGGAUGACCAGAUACGCUUUCAUGCAUGUCUUGCAAUCACUGUAUUAGCAACCAACAAAGAAAUUGAGAAGGAGGUUGAAAGGUCUGGCACAUUGGCAUUAGUGGAACCCUUCAUUUCAACCUUGGACCCUGAGGAAUAUGCCCGUUGUCUUCUGAACAAUACUGAUAGCCCACAGGGAAGGACGGCUGGUGACCUUCAACGUCUUGUACCCCUGCUGGACAGCUCCCGGUUAGAAGCCCAGUGCAUUGCUGCCUUCUACUUGUGUGUGGAAGCUGCUAUUAAAUCCCAGCACAAGAAUACAAAGGUUUUCAAUGAAAUUGGCGCCACACAAAGCCUAAAGCGAAUCGUAUGCUACUCAGCUGACUGUACCGUCUCCUCCCUGGCAAAAAAAGCUCUCCGGAUGAUUGGUGAAGAGGUCCCGUCACGCAUUGCACGCUCUGUACCUAACUGGAAACCUCUGGAGGUGCAACACUGGCUGCAGCAGAUUGGCUUUAACAAAUAUUCACAGACAUUUAUAGACCACCAGAUGGAUGGCGAUCUACUGCUGAGGCUGAAUGAGACAGAUCUCAGAGAAGACUUGGGUAUGACCUCCAGUAUCACUCGGAAGAGAUUUCUGAGGGAACUGGUUGAGUUGAAAACUUUUGCAAACUACUCAACGUGUGAUCGCAGUAAUCUGGCUGACUGGCUUGGCAGUGUGGAGCCACGGUUAAGGCAAUAUACUUACAAUCUGGUUAUUUGUGGCAUUGAUCGGAAUUUCCUGCAUCACGUGACUGAGCAGCAGCUAGAGGAGGAUUGCCACAUCACAACAGGUUUUCAUCGUGUCCGUAUUCUGUCGGCAGCCAGAGAGAUGCUUCACUCUCCUCUGCCAUGCAGCAUAGGGAAAUCCAGUUAUGAUGGCCCCGACGUUUUCAUUAGUUACCGUAGGAGCACAGGAUCUCAGCUGGCCAGCCUCCUAAAGGUACACUUGUACCUCCAUGGCUUCACUGCCUUUAUUGAUGUGGAAAAGCUGGAGGCAGGAAAGUUUGAGGACAAAUUGAUUCAAAGUGUUAUCAGUGCUAGAAACUUUGUCCUAGUCCUCUCUGCUGGAGCUUUGGAUAAAUGCAUGGGAGACAACGAAUGCAAGGACUGGGUACACAAAGAGAUUGUUACAGCACUGAACUGUGGGAAGAACAUUGUGCCCGUCACAGAUCACUUUGAAUGGCCAGACCCAAUCAGCCUCCCUGAAGAUAUGAGAGCGGUGUUAAAAUUUAAUGGCAUCAAGUGGUCACAUGAGUACCAGGAUGCCACAGUUGAGAAGAUAAUUCGCUUCUUGCAAGGGCGCUCCUCUCGGGAUUCUUCAGUUGGAUCUGAGAACAGCCUAGAUGGCUCUCCUCCACUUGGGGAGAAAUAGUAAUGUCCAUAUGAAGAUCUAGAAAUUACUUGUUGACAGCAGUACCUGCAGGAUAUUUCUGCAUAUCCUUUAGUAUCUUGGCCUACUGGAUGUGAACCCCUUAACCACUGUCCUCCUCAGAUACGUAACUAUUUCCUGCUCUGCAUUUUCCUUCAACCGUAUGAAACUUUCUCAGAAUGGAGAACCCACGUUACCAAGGGAUGACAUCCAUUCACAGCUUCAGUGCAGGAUUACACAGUCAAUGGCCUCUUGUACAUCAACGCACAGCAAUAUGCAAAGCAAGAAAACUGUAAUGUGAAAUGUCAUCUAUCCACUAAACAUUGUUUUCAUACCUUGGGAGAAUUCCCACGUCUGUAGUACCCAAAACUUCACAUCCCAGUGUUAACUUGCAGCACUUGGCUCUUAUCGGUUUCCGUCUUGCUCAGAGCAGAGUAUAAAAUGGACAACUGCAAAACCGUGAUCAGAUCAGUACAUUUCUAUGUACUCUUGUUAACUUAGAAAAUGUCCUUUUAAAUCUGGGGUACAUUUAAGAAAAAUACAAAAAUGACACCAAAUACAUCAAUGCAUUCUCUGGCAGUGCCUGCGUACCCUUUCCAGUGAUCUUACUUUAGCUACAGUUUAACUAUACUUUCCCCACAAUAGACUUUUACUGUAAAUUAGAUAGAUAUGACAUGGCUGUCUGAAUGGAUCCUGAGGAAAGUGGUGCCCAUUCCAAAAUCCCCAGCAUAGAAGUAGUCAGGCUUGCACAGCCCACCUACAUUACCGUUAAUGGAAGUCAUAAAGAUGUCUGAGAGUUUAUACAUACACAGAAGCUGUUUUCAGAAGUGUGUAUUUGUACCUUUUCUUCUCCUUAAACAUAAGAGAUAUAAAGAUCUGUUUCACUCCUAGUCUAUAGCAUUGCAUGACGAUUUGAUAAUAUUCUUUUACCGUCAUAGUCAUUGUACAACUUAUUGUAUACUAGGAGAGCAAUUAUAGAAACCAGUUUGAGUAGCCAUCUAUAAAGAAAUUAUUUACCUCAGAAAUACCAUUAAAAUGUACUGCUUUUAUAGGCCCUUCCAUAUACACAAACAGCAAGCCUGGUUUACACUGUGGAGAUCGUGUGUGCAGCACUGCCAUUCCUAUAGAUGGCAAUGCAUUUCUGAGUGGAUCCACCAAGAGAUCCACUCAAAUGCAUUGCCGUCUAUGGGGGCAGCAAUGCAGUCCGAGUGCUGCCUGCUGGAUCUCCGGCAGAAAUUCCGUCUGGAGAUUCUGCAGUGUGACCCCGACCUGUUUGACCACACAGGACAGAAAUUCUGUGGAUUUUCUACCCAAAUUUGCUGAUUGUGUUGUGGGUUUGCCUAUGCAGAUUUUGGUAUGGAGUUAAAAUUUUAAACAAAAUUUGACACAAAGUGGAUGAAAAAAGGCUUUUUUUUGCAUUCCUCUGGAUCAACUCAGUAGGGACUCAUUAGGGUUAUAGGUUGAAAUUGAUGGACUCUGGUCUUUUUUCGACCUUAUGAACUAUGUUACUAUGUUAACCUAGCUCUUGGCUAUACUCACCUGGCGUCUUCAGCUAGCUCAUGGCCGCGCUGCAACAACCUGGUGCAAAGCGAGGUAAGUAAGGGCAGUGGGGGGACCUGGACCCAGCCUCCAGGCGCUAGCCAGUGGCGAUAAGGGGUUAACGACCCAUACUGUUAUGGUGUCGCAUGUGGGAGAUCAGGUAGCUAGACGUACUUAACUAGAAAACAAUAAAAUAAAAGACCAGGUCUGGGAGAGCUCCCAGACAUGUGUCAUGCCUCCUAAUGACACUAGAUAAAACGGAUUACCUCACAGCAGGUUGGCAGGUAUAUCCUGCCAGGGAUGAGCUGACCUUUUUUUUUCUCCUAGUGUCAGCACCUUCUAGUGGCAAAACAUAUAAUAUUGGUAUCCUGUGUUCUCCCAUUGAAGCGUCCGAGAAAUAUAGACUUUGAAUUUAUUACAGCAGGUUCACAGCAGUGAGUUCUAAGUCUUGAGGAUCUAUUGUAUCAUUAUUUCGAUGUACAAAGCAGUUUAAAUGGAAUCUGUCAACAGCGUCACCUGCACUAACCUGUUGGUGAAGGCUGGUAGUGCUGGUGACACUGAUGAUAAUGAUGCUUACCUAUCCCUGAUCUGUGGUCCCAUUGGCCUGUUAUGUUAUUUAUCCGGGCGGCAGGCUCGGUGCACGAGUGUAGCGGGGAUAUAGUGUGCUCCUGGAGCUCUACCUGUGCAGCAAGCCUGCCACCCAAAUAAGGAGGCUAACAGAUUAACAGGCAAACGGAUAGGGGAUAGGUUAGUAUCUUCAUCAUUAGGGUCACCCGCACUACCAGCCUGCACCAACAGGUUAGUGCGGAUAACACUAAUGACAGAUUCCCUUUAAGAAAAAGGGUUAAUUUCUCUUUCCCUGGUGGUUAGGAUAGAAGGGAUAGGGUGCUGAUGUCUACAUGUUUAGUGAUCAAGAAUAGAGAUGAGCGAAGUUACAGUGAUUCGAUUCGUCACAAACUUCUUGGCUCGGCAGUUAAUGUUACAUAAAUUAGUUCAGCUUUCAGGUGCUCCGGUGGGCUGGAAAAGGUGGAUACAGUCCUAGGAGAGAGGCUCAAGAGUAUUAAAGGCGUUAAUGUCCCAGUUAGCUGCCUAAGGUAGUAUAGGAGUAAUUACCCUUUUCCCUGGUGGUCUAGGGCAAUGGGGUAGGGUGUUUAAUUGCAACUUCUUUAGUGAUCAAUGGUAGUAAAGGAGUUAACAACCCAGGUGAGAGUGCAGGAGUAAUUACCCUUUUCCCUGGUGGUCUCAGGUAGUGGAGGAUUUAGUAUCUAGUGUCCAGCAGUGACUGACUCACCCCCUACGACUCCAGCUUUUCUGAUUCCUACCCCUGUAACACGAAGCUGAACACAGUUAUUUCCUUUAUUAAGCAGAGCACUUCAUCAAUGCUGCCAUCUCUCUAAGGAAAACUCCUCCGGAAUGUAUAAGGUAAAGGCCAGGGUCCUGUGGUCAACCCAUGCCCUCUCCAAGAAAUGGCCACGGUAGUUACUCAGUGGCUUACUACAGUGUUGUACUCCAGUUUUAGCAACUGUACUCCAUUGUUGCAGCAGCAUAUGGUUUGGUGCAAAAGUCCUGUGGUGAUAUAUAGGUUCAGUUGACCUGCAUGGGAUCCAGCGGUUAUAUAAAAGUGACCCUAAAAUGCAGCCGCAUUACAACCAGAAACACCUUAUAGGAACAGAAGCAAUGAUUGCAUAUGCCACAAUCUAGCCAUCAUGUCCAGUUGCAUAAAGUAUAAGCAAUUGUCCUGCAUGUAAAACCCAACUAUAUCAGUGCUGUUACCAUGGACUGUCGAUGACUAUGUAAAUGUAAUAGAGAUUCUCCUUAAUAAAGGGGAAAUGGUUGUGUAAUGCAAUAUAACUAUGUAGAGCUGUAUAUAGUUCUAUAUUUCAUUUAUAGAGAUCUGCAUGUAAAACAUCUGUGCUGAGUAACCAACUUUAUGUGCUUUCCUGAAUAAUGAAAUCCUUCAGGUAACCAGUCUCUGCCUUUAAUGCUUGAGCUCGGAAACCGGAAAUCAGGUAGAAACCCAUUCCUUGUGGCCUUUUUCCAGAUUGUAAUUUUUAUUGUAAGGUUUUGGUUUUAUAUCAAUAUAUUCUAUAAACACUUGUUAAAAGGAGUUAUUCAGGACAUGAAAAACUUUUUCUCAAAAACAGCACCACACCUGCCCUUGGGGUGUGUGGUAUUACAGCUCCAUUCGUGUCCAAUGGAGCCAAGCUGCAAUUCUACACACAAGCCGAGGACAAGAGUAGCGCUGCUUCUGGAAGAACACGUGUUUCUCUAAGCCUGAAAAACCCCUUCAAUGUCUAUUAUUACAAUACUGUGUCCUGUUUAUGUGCAAUCCUGUCAUCUCAAAUAAAAGCAACCAGCCCUUACCGAACAAAUAAAGAUAAAAAACUCUUUUACAUAUUGUGCAGGUUGUUUUCUGGUAAGGUCUGUAUAUUCAGUAUAAAGUUGUAUUCCACUGUUUGCAUUACAAAUGUGCAAUUGCUAUUUGGAUAAAUAAAAAAAGUGGCCAUACUUACCUACCCACCCAUGUUUCCCCGCAGCUCCUAUUCUCCCUCUGAUGCCUCUCUCUUCUUUCUGCUUCUGAGAUAAAGCUCUGAACAGGGCCUGCCCACUUAGCCAAUCACUGGCCACGAUGGGACACUGCUGCAGCAAGCGAUUAGCUGAGCAGGUAGGUCCUGCGCCAAGUGCUUGUCUCAGAAACAGGAAGAUGAUAAACAUUGGAGGUACCAGAAGGAGAAGAACAGGAGCUGUAGGGGACCUGGGGUAAUUAAAAUGUCCUUUUUUCUUUUUUACAGACCGCGGCAACAUCAUUUCUAUGCAAAUACCAGAAUACCCUUUUGAGGCCUGGGCUAGAAAGACUUUUUGUAGAGCUAUUGAUUUGUUUUAAAACUACUGAGUUACAGCUGCAGUUCGGCGGAAUACAGUGUUGAAUGCAAACUGGUCGAUUACGGCUAUCACUAAAUAGUUAAUUUAGAUUUACUUUUACAUUGUUUUAUGAAACUUAAUUUUUUAACUGGCUCCACUAGGGAACUUUUACCAGUGAUCUUCUAUUCAAUUAUCUAAUACAAUGCACUACUGUAGUGUAGUAUGCCUGCCAUCGGCAUGGCUGUAUGCAGGCUUAUCUAUGGCAGAACUGGGGUCCUUUAGAAGGACUCCAGUUGCCAUGGAGAUAGGUCUACACCAGGCAAUAUCGUCACUGAGCUUCUUUAAAAACA